AUAUCUGAGUGUGUUUUUUUACUUGAGUGAAUAUUGUUUAAUAUUAUUGUAUUUAGAAUAAUAAGACGAUGAAUUGUAAUGUUUUAUGUAGUAUCGAUUGUAUGACUAUAAUAGUACGUUUUGGAAUUAACUAAUGUAAAAAACAUAUAAUGCUAAUAAAUCGGUAAAAAUGGGUUCAUCAACCCACCUCAUUAGGCUCAUUUUACUGAGUUAUUUCAAAUUUAUGAUGGUUACUGCCGUCGAUAAAGCUGAACUGUGUAACGCAACGUCCUCAGCCCGCGUUGAAUAUGAAUUUAAUACGGACAUAGUAAGCAGCGAACAUAUAAUAACUUUUAGAGGAUACUUUGCUAAAUCUACGAGAGAAAACUACGUCAAUGCUGCUUUAAAAAACGCUGGGGUAUCCAAUUGGACAAUUGUUCAACGAAACAAUCCUGCCAAAGAAUAUCCUAGCGACUUUGAUGUGAUAGCAUUUGGAGAGAGCACCAUAGACGCGAUCACAGCACUACGCGAUCACCCCGCCAUACGACGCGUCACUGCACAGAGACAAGUGCAGCGCACUAUGAAAUAUGUGCGAGAGGAUGAAUGCGGCCCAAGCGGUUGUUUAUAUUCUGGUUGGCGGAAUCAUAAACAUCGAGCGCGUUCUCUACAUUCUCUGAGGAAACCACGAGAGAACAGUGGCUACACAUCUAGAAAGCUAUUAAGAACAGUUCCAAGGCAGAUAACCUCUGUGUUGAAAGCUGACCUGCUAUGGUCUCUGGGGGUGACAGGCGAAGGUAUCAAAGUGGCCGUAUUUGACACCGGACUGGCGCGUCACCACCCGCACUUUGGUCGUGUGAGGGAGCGGACGGACUGGACGGGCGAGAACACGUUGGACGAUGCGCUGGGCCACGGCACCUUCGUGGCGGGCGUCAUCGCGUCCCGCGCCGACUGUCUCGGCUUCGCGCCGGAUUCUGAUUUGCAUAUCUUCAGGGUCUUCACUGACAACCAAGUUUCUUAUACUUCAUGGUUUCUGGACGCUUUCAAUUAUGCUAUAAUGCGGAAAAUCGACAUCCUCAACUUGAGCAUUGGAGGUCCCGAUUUUAUGGAUCAUCCCUUUGUGGACAAAGUUUGGGAACUCAGUGCUAACAAGGUUAUAAUGGUAUCGGCGAUAGGCAACGACGGACCUCUGUACGGAACACUCAACAACCCAGCGGAUCAGAUGGACGUCAUAGGAGUCGGCGGCAUCGGCUUCGACGACCGCAUAGCGAAGUUCUCUUCCCGGGGCAUGACCACAUGGGAACUGCCCAACGGUUACGGUCGAAUGAAACCCGACAUUGUUACGUACGGGAGCGGUGUCCGAGGAUCCAGUGUUACCGGCGGAUGCAGAUCUCUUAGUGGUACAUCGGUAGCGUCCCCCGUAGUGGCGGGUGCUAUUGCUUUACUGGCGAGCGGAGUGCCUCGCCAGAACCUGACCCCCGCGUCGGUGAAGCAGGCGCUCACCAUCACCGCGCGCCGGCUGCCGGGCCCCAACAUGUUCGAACAGGGCCACGGGAAGCUGGACCUCAUCAGUGCCUACCAGUUUCUCCGUGAAUACGAGCCCCAAGCUAGCCUCAGCCCGUCGUAUAUAGACCUGACUGAAUGCCAGUACAUGUGGCCGUACUGCACACAACCGCUGUACUACAGUGCUCAACCCACCAUAGCGAAUGUCACAGUCAUCAACGGCCUCGGCGUCGCUGGUGAUGUGAAAAAAGUAAGCUGGCAUCCACACCUUCCACAUGGUGUACUGUUGUCGGUGUCAGCGGAUUAUAGCCAGAUUCUGUGGCCGUGGUCAGGCUGGCUGGCUCUCAGCUUCACUGUCCUCGAGAGUGGUGUUAACUUUGACGGCGUUGUAGAGGGACAUGUGAACGUGACCAUUGAAAGCUAUGAUGAGAUGCAUGACCGCACUUUGAAAAACACAACUCUGAUGUUGCCAAUAAGGGCUCGUAUUAUACCCGUGCCGCUGCGCGGGCGCCGUCUCCUGUGGGACCAGUUCCACAGCCUUCGCUACCCGGGCGGGUACUUCCCGCGGGACGACUUGCGCGCCAAGCACGACCCGCUCGACUGGCACGCCGACCACGUGCACACCAACUUCCGCGACAUGUACCGCAGACUACGCGAACACGGCUUCUAUCUAGAAGUUAUGGGAAGUCCUCUAACAUGUAUCGAUACAUCACUGUACGGGGCGUUACUACUGGUAGACCCGGAGGAUGAAUACUUCCCUGAGGAAAUGGCGGCCUUCAAGAACGCCGUCGACUCCGGGCUGUCGCUUAUCGUGUUCGCAGACUGGUACAACGCCUCAUUGCUGCGACACGUCAAAUUCUACGACGAAAACACAAGGCAAUGGUGGAUACCAGAAACUGGUGGUGCAAAUGUGCCUGCAUUGAACGACCUAUUGAGUAUGUACCAAGUGGCCUUAGGAGAUAGGGUGUUCGAAGGAUCUUUCAAACUAGCCGGACACCCUAUGUACUACGCAAGUGGCACGCAUAUUCACAGCUUCCCUGAACACGGCGUUUUGGUCACGGCUCAAUUAACUGAUCAAGGACAACAGAUAAUGUCCGGUGAGAAGUCCAAUGAGAGUGCAGGCGCAUCCGGUGGCACGCACGCAGUUGACGUGCCUAUACUUGGCCUUUUGCAGACGGAGGCGGAAACGCGAGAAGCGGCCAACGAUACCACUAGCGAUAAACUGCCCAAAGCUGGGCGGCUAGUGGUGUACGGUGAUUCUUCGUGUCUGGAGGGUGGUGCUGCGCGGCCGUGUCACUGGCUUCUGCUGGCGGCGCUACAAUACGCAAUAGUGGGUCACGUGCCGUCCACGCUGCGUGACGCCGCCGCCACCAGCCGUCGCCGCGAUGUGCACAUCAUACCUUCAGAUUUGCCGAAGCGCGCCGAAGGUGGCCGCCUGCACGCAUACUCUAGAGUCUUAUCGCCGGAUGGCAGUGGCCCGCGUCCAGUUCCUGAGUGUGUGAAGCCAAUCCCCCUGGAUGCGGAGCCAGUCCACGCGCCGCCUUCAUCGCGAACUCUGGCACCGAGGCAUCCACCAGCCGAUCCUAAGAGCAUAGGUGCCCCUGACAUCGAGGGCACGGAGGCGGCCCCACGCGCGUGGCGGGGGGCCGGAGCGGCACCGUCCCGGGCGCGGCCCGACGCCGAGCCGGCCCCCUCCACCUUCGCCAGCAAGCUGUUCAUGCUUAGCGCCAUCGUGCUCGCCGUGUACUGCCUCGCGGCUUUCUGGAAACGGUGCGGACGUAAAGUUCGGAGACGAAGACUGAUUUCAUUAGCUACCUAGCAUAAGCACAAGUCACCCAGACGGGUGAAACGCGGCUGAGCGAAGCGCGUAAAUCAUUCCAAUACAACGAGAUAAGUAGGGGAGCCGAAGAGGGGAUUUUUGCAGUUAUUCGAGCACGGCACAUGAACAUAACGGACUAUAUCCUUGCACGUUGUUCAGUACCUCCACCAAGUAUGAGCCCUUAAUAUUGGUGGGGAAGCUUAGGGCGCAAAAAAAAAUACUCAACCAGCGCGUCAAAUUACGAUGAGCUACGAGCGCGCUCAAUUUUUUACUUAUUUUGAAUGAAAUAAUCUCUUGAAUAAUUGCUCAUGUUUUCUGACGAUUUCAGUAAGCCGAAGUAUUAAAAAUUGUCUUUAAAGUCUGUAGUUUUUUUCCCCACCGAAAAAAGUAUAUAACAAUUUAUUCUUUCCAUCAUGUAAUCUAUCAAAUCUAAUCGUUUCCAAUGACGCUUUAGUAACUGCAAAUUUAGCAUCCCGGGCUCCCUACUAUAGUGUUUGAAGAUAGCACAGAAGCGAUAUGAUAGCUACACGAACACUUGUACGCAUAGUGGUGGUGUGAUAUACGAAUGAACGCUUUUAGGCCGAACGAUUCCUGCCUUGUGUUGCGAAUACGACACAUAGUAUGAGAUCCGGCAUAAGAAAUAUAUACCCUCAUCUGAUUUUUAAUUGGGAUAGGAAAUAAAUGAUGCACAAUAUUUACAUUGACACAUUGCACAUACGUUGCUUAGUUAAAUUGCGGCCGAAUAGUAUUAAAUGCAUAAUUUUGUUUUUAAUUUAUUUAAUCUCUUUCACUCAUUGGUUAAUUUAAAACGUACACUAUAUAGUUAUAAUAUUAUAGUUAUAAUAUUCCCAAAAUAAAUGAAAAAGUAAUGGUUACCUGCUUUCACACUACAACUGUGGGGUUGCCAGUUAUAAACAGUUAAGUAAUGUUAUUUAUAUACCCUCAUUAGUUAUUUAGUCGUCUAAUAUGUCAAAUGAAAGCUUAUUACACGCUUUAUAUUAGCGUUAAUUGUAACUAUAUAUGUAAGAAAAUCUUGGAAUCUUGAUUCGACCCACUUCCCGGUCUUCGAUUAGGAUGAAAUUUUGCACACGCUCUGAGUUCUGGUGACAAUACAUGACUAACUAAGCAACAUCAUUACAAAUCCAAUAUGGCGGCCUCCCCAAGAAGGUGGACUGGAGUCUGAAAUCCACUCCAUGAUAUGGAUAUCAAAUCAAAGGGUUUGCUGUCAAGAAUACGAAAAAUAUAGUCGCAUGACUUAAAUCCAAUAUUUGCAAUUUAUAGUGCGUGCUAAAACUAUUUAAAGUUAUUUUAUGUUUAAUUUAUCUCUAUUAGGUUACCUUUGAUCUAGUUCAUGGUUUGCUAGAUUUUGUAUGAAAAAUGUGUUUGGCCGCAAUUUAACUGGGCAACCUAUUUGCAAUGUGUCAUUGUGAACAUCAGCUAUCUUUAUUUCAUAGCACUAAUGAAUAACAGAUGAGGUUAUAUAUUUCUUAUGCCGGGUCUUAGACAAACAGUUCCUGUAGUGGGAAAAUGUUUCAAACUUACAAGUGGGUUACCUAUGAACGGGGAUCAAUGAAUGAAACGAGAGCAUCACACAAAACUUUAUUAUUUAUUUAUAACACAAAUUAUGAAAUUUUUAAGUAAGCUUAGUGUACACUUUUGAAAAUCCUUGUUUGUCUAAUUGAAGUGACUAUUGCCUGUUCAAAAGGCAGGUUCUCUUGUAGCUAGCAAGAAAUGCGUAACACUAAAAUGUGUCUUUUAAUAAAUAAGCUAGAUAGAUUGAUUUAUGAGUAUGACAAACAAGGGGUUUUCACAUUUUAUGGACAUUUAUGUAUAAUGUAUAUCUAUGGCUAUAAAUAUAACGUUCCUCCAUCGAUCUCCUAUUAAAAAGUGGAUGCACAAUCAGCGACCAACAAACGUCCCCACUCAAUGAGUGCCAAACACAACUUCUUGGCACUCGAUUCAAGUAGUCGCAUUUGCAAAUUCAACUUUACCCUCAAUACUUAAGGUUGAAUUUGCUCUGAAUUUGGGAUUUUAUUGAAUAUUGGAUAUUUAAAGGUAUAAUUUUCUUUACCAAUGAUUCUAAAACUGUCAAAGCAAAAUUGGCCAGUCUUUAAGAGAAAAUUUCUACAUGAUUGUGCGUCCUUUUAUUGUAAGAGGUUAAUGCGUUCCUCAGACUGUACUUGUAAAUACAACAUAAUAUAUUGUAUGUUCUAUGUUGUGUAAUGCUUGAAAAAAAAACCGGCAUAAAUUUUAAGAGCAACUGUUUUGGUGUCUGUAUACAAGUAUCUACACAAUACUUACUACUACUUUUUUUUUGUACAUAUAUACAUGUAUAUAUGUACAUAUAUUUGUAUGCAUAAUGAAAAUGCGUUUUAUGUUAAGUAUAUAUUUUACUCGUUUGAAGUAGGUAUAUAUAAAGUUAGAACAUCCGUCUGUCCGAUAUUAAUAGUAUACGUCUAGAUUUAGAACCUAUAUCUAUGGAUAAAUUGAAAAUGUGAGUGCUAAAGUUUUCUGUGGAAACACCAAAAUUCGACUUUUAAUUUCAGUUUUAAUAAAUAAUAAUGGCUAAUAAAGGUAGACUUUGUAAAAUAAUUGAUAAAUAUGCGAUUAUAUUAUAGCUCAAACUAAUUAGAUAAGGACUAGUACGCACCCUUGCCUUCACGAAAAAAAUUGUCUGUCAUGUUUUCAAGGAAAACGAGCUUAGAUUAGGUAUCUGAUUUACUUAUACUAAACUAGAACUUUAGCCGUGAUAGCCCAGUGGAUAUGAACUCUGCCCCGAUUCCAGAGGGCGUAGGUUCUAAUCCGGUCCGGGGCAUGCACUUCCAACUUUUCAGUUGUGUGCAUUUAAAAAAAUUGAAUAUCACGUGUCUCAAACGGUGAAAGAAAACACCGUGAGGAAACCUGCCGCCAGAGAAUUUUCUUAAUUCUCUGCGUGUGCGAAGUCUGCCAAUACGCAUUGGGCCAGCGUGGUGGACUAUUGACCUAACCCGUCUCAUUCUUAGAGGAGACUCGAGCUCGGCAGUGAGCCGAAUAUGAGGUGAUGAUUAUGAAACUAGAAGUUCUUGCCCGUUUUUACACCAUUCAACUACACAAAAAGGUAUUUUUACAGAGCUUUUUAACCGGCAAACACGAUUACAACUAUGAAACAUCGAUUCUAUAGAGUUUAUAAUCGCAUUAGAUCGUUGAUCAUAUACUUUGACAGAAAAGUAACGUCUAGCGAGGCUGGUCCUUAUGUGAUUAGUCUGAGUAUUAUAGCAAGGUGGACUGAUGAUGAUGAUGAUAGUAAAUAUGUAAGUCUGAUAUAGUAUAUGUUAAGGUUCUUUUACAUGGCUGUCGAAGUACUAUAUACCAAAUGUAAGCUCCAAAUUACUACGAAAAUGUUAGUACAUUUAAGAUAUUAUAUCACACUAAAGGCGAAAGUUUGUGUGUAAGUGUGUAUGUAUAUUUGUUCCUCCUUUGUGUUGCGGUUGAAGCGAAUUGACUGACAUUUGGAAUGGAAAUAGAUUUUACUCUGGAUGAACUCACAGACUAUUUUUAAUCCCGGAAAAAUCCAUGGUUCCCGCGGGAUUUGUGAAAAACUGAAUUUCACGCGUACAAAUUCGCGGUCGUCCGCUAGUUAUAGAUAUUUUUUCCCAUAGACGGUCGCGUGGCGAAGUGUGUAGUGACUCUCUCUGCAUCCACGGUCGUGGGUCCGAUUCCCACAACUGGAAAAUAUUUGUGUGUUGAACAUGAGUUUUUCCCAGUGUCUGUGUGUAUUUAUACAUUAUAUAAGUAUUUAUAUGUAGUAUAUUAUAAAAUCAACUAUCAUAAUACCCAUAACACAAGCUACUCUGUAUGCUUACUUUGGGGCUAGAUAGUGAUGUGUAUUGUUUAAGUAUGUUUAUUUAUAUAUUUUAUAUUUAUUGAAUGAAUGAAUGAUUUAUUCGAUCGGGCGACUUUUUAAGAAAAUUGUAUAUGUACCUAGUUAGAGCAACCAUCUUGAUUCCUGUAUUGUGUUAACGUCGUUUGGACUCUAAAUAUGUAAUACUUCUAGCUAAAAUAUGUAAUAAGCUUGGUACUUAACUUUUGUAAAUGGAAAAAUGUAAGCAAUUUAUGAGUUUUGUGGCACACAUUCUCUAUCACUCUGUUAAUAAUGAAAACAUAAUUAUUAAAAAAACAUGACUUGUAAAAAAAUGGAAAGAAGAUUUAUGGCACUUUUGGUAAUCCCUUAUUGUUUAUAAAAUAUUAUUGUUGAUAUAUAUAAUAAUAGCGGACGCCCGUGACUUCGUCUGCGUUAAACCCUACUAACCUACCCUACUCCCACUCUACAGCUACCCUACCAUACAGGGGAUGAGUAGAGACUCAACCCUACCCCUACCCUGCCCUUAACCUACUCCUACCCUACCCCUACCCUACCGCUAUCCUACUCCUACCGUACCCCUACCCCUACCUCUAUCCUACCACGCGACGGAAGCUUAAAAAAUGCAGUAACUUCUCCCGUUUUCCCAAUAUUUCCCUUCACUGCUCUGCUUCUAUUGACCGUAGCUUGAUGAAAAGUAUACUAUAAUCUGCCCAGGAGUAUGAAGAAUAAUUGUACCAAGUUUCGUUAAAGUCCAUCGAGUAGUUUUUGACAGACAGACAGACAAAAAUUUUACUGAUUGCAUUUUUGGCAUCAGUAUCGAUCACUAAUCACCCCCUGAUAGUUAUAUUGGAAAUAUAUUUCAUGUACAGAAUUGACCUCUCUACAGAUUUAUUAUAAUAUAGAUUAUAAGGCCUAGAUUUUGUAAAUAUAAAAAGUUACUUAAAUGAGUUAUUUUUGAAGCGCAAUGACCGUGUUACUUGGCCAAUAUGAUAUUUGUUAAAUGUUACAAUAUAUUUAAAAUAAUAUAAAUAUUAGAAUAUAAGUAGUAAAAUUAUCACAUCUAUAAAAUAAAUUACUUUCUUAAUGUUA